AGCGGCGAGGAGCACAGCAGUCCUCUCUAACAAAUGAAAGGAUGGGGGGCAUCAGCAACAGCUGAAUUCAGAAACAAAUCUGGACCGGGGGCCGCGGGGGGACGACCACUCUCUGCUCACUCUUGGGGGACUUUUGUUGGAUUUACAUCAACAUGCCAUUUGCCAAAAGGGUCGUGGAACCUCAGUUACUGUGCAGGUAUGAGAUCCCGAACGAGGAGGGAGCGCUGUUCGAGGAUCUGGUCUCCAUCAGUAACGUGGCUCUGUCCCGGACCUUGCGGCAGCUGUCGGACCUGGCCAAACAUGCCUGCUCCAUAUUCCAGGAGCUGGAGGGAGAGCUCUCGUCCACCAGCCAGCGGGUCAGGGGUCUGCAGGGCAAGAUUAACCAGCUCCAGCAGACCUGCUCCGAGCUGGACCCCAAACAGGAGGCAGUGCCGGUGUCUAACCUGGAUGUGGAGAGCAAGCUGACAACUCACUACCAAUCCCCCUGGCACCAGCAGAGAAACGUUUUCCACCCCUCCACGCGGCCAGCAUGCGUAGAAGAGCUCCACAGGCAAGCCACCCUCAGCCUGUGGGCCCAGCACCGAGAUCACCAGAGGAGACGAUCAGACAGCAGGGAGCGGAGAGUAACCCUCUCGAUCUCAGCUGUGCCCCCGAUGCCCAUGUAUCCCUCCCCUCCCCAGAGGCAAGAGAAGAGGGCCGCAAAUCUGGCCACGUUUGAAUACUCCCGCUCCUCCUCCCCCACCGAAUGUUGCCGCUUCUCCCCGUGGAGCAGAAAGGCUGCGCCCUCUGACCCUGACACUGACGGGGUGGCUCUAGGUCACCGGUCUAAGUUUCCCAUCCCUAACAUCCCCUCCACCCUGGACAAGCAGACUAACUGGUCUAAAGCUCUGCCGCUGCCCACCCCAGAGGAGAGAAUGAAAAGCAAUACCCACGUCAUCACCUCAUGUGUCAUCCCCAUUAAUGUGACUGGGGUUGGCUUUGACAGAGAUGCUAGUGUGCGCUGCUCGCUCGUUCACUCGCAGUCUGUUCUUCAGAGGAGACGGAAGCUGAGGAGACGCAGGACCGUGGCCGGCAUUCCCAGACAGCUGCAGCAAGACUUAGACUCCGACGACUCUCCUGGUUCCAGAGAGCGGACAGUGAUAGUUCAUGCCGGUCCGGACAUCACUCCUUCCCACGAGGAGCUGGUCAGCCAUCUCAACACCAGAGACUCGGGCUGCCAGACGGAAGACUUUUUGAUCUCGGGCGCUCCAUCCCGGAGGAGGAUCAGGGCCCAGAGAGCCCAGGGAGUCUCCCUCUCCCUCUCCCACUCCGCAGGCAACAUCUCCUCCCUGCCCGAGGGCUCCGACGCCAUGUUCAAUGCCUCCGUGGGAGCGCUACUGCGUACGAGAAGUCUGCCCCGAGACAGCAGCCGGAUGAUGGACAACGGGCGUAACGACAGCGACGACGACGACGAGCAGGAGCUUUCCACCUUCAACGCCGAAGUCUUCCUGUCCGGGCCGAGGGAGCUGAUCCUGAAGGAUGAAGAGGAGAGCACAGAUGACCAGGCCAUGCCUGAGCGCCAGCUGGGGAGCUUAAAGUACAAUCAGCUGCUGGAGAGUCCGGAGCGCAGCUGGAUGGAGCGGACCAGAUCCCACCUGCCCAGGAAGGCCGACAUGGGCAGCUGCGAGAUCUCGUCCAGCUCCGACACCUUCAGCAGCCCCGUGCACUCGGUCUCAGCCGCAGGGGUGCUGGGUGGCCAGAUGGACCACAAAGAUGACCACCAGUCCUCCAGUGGAAACUGGAGCGGGAGCAGCUCCACCUGCCCCUCGCAGACGUCGGAAACGAUUCCCCCCGCGGCCUCUCCGCCGCUGACCGGCUCCUCGCACUGCGACUCGGAGCUCUCCCUGAACGCCGCCACUCACGCCAACGACGAGCAGACCAGCUUCAUGCUGGAUCACUACCACGGCCUCAGGACGCAGCGGGCGGGCUCCUUCUCCUCCACGGCCAUGGACAUAUUGGAGGAAGCCGGGGCCAGCACUCCCAUCGAAGAGGAGUGGAGCUACCCGCUCCCCGAGCCGCCUCGCUCGCAGGACCUCAGCCCCGAGCCGAGCAGAGAGGCCGGGAGCAGCCUGGGCUGCCCCAGCUACACCAGCAUGGCCACGUGCGAGAGCAGCUACUCUGACAAGCCGCCGUCAGAGAAAGCAGACACUGUCUCCCACUACUCCGUAGACACUGAAGGUUACUACACCUCCAUGCACUUUGACUGCGGUCUGAAAGGCAGCAAAAGCUUCACGUACAACUAUGCACCCUCUGGCUCUGACUGUGGCCUGUCCGACUUGAGCGGUCACAUGACUCUGGGGAGACGCUGCCUCUCCUUAAGAAAACCAAAGGUGAAGCCGUCUCCGCCUAAGAGGAGUUCCUCCUUAAGAAAAAUAUGCAGUGAUGGAAACAUCCCCGGCAAGAAAGAACCAAAGAUUUCAUGCGGGCAGCGGCUCCCUCUGUCUUCCAAGGACAGGAAGCUACAGCUGACUCUGUCUGGCUCCCCGGGUCACAUAGAAAACUCUUUGCUAAGUAGAGAGCCCUUUGUGGUCUGGGGGGUCGAGGGUUCAGCUGAUCUACCUGAUUUAGGUGUGUUGAGCUCCACAGAUGCACAUUCGUUUAAGGACGAGGGCGUUGUGCAGUCAGACUACGCAGAUCUGUGGCUCCUGAACGAUUUAAAAUCCAGCGACCCUUACCGAUCCUUGUCAAACUCGAGCACGGCGACCGGCACGACUGUUAUCGAAUGCAUCAAGUCGCAGGAGAGCUCCGAGUCCCAGACGUCCCAGUCUGGCUCCAGAGCCACCACGCCCUCACUUCCAUCGGUGGAGGGAGAGUUCAAGCUGACGUCCCCGGAAAAGCUGGCGGCCCUGGCCAGCCCGUCCAGCGGCUACUCCAGUCAGUCAGAAACCCCCACCUCCUCGUUUCCCUCCACCUUCUUCCCGGGGCCGCUGUCGCCGUGCAGCGGCAAGAGGAAGCCCAAAGUCCCCGAGAGGAAGUCCUCUCUUUCGUCGCUGUCGCUGCAGUCCAGCAGGGAAGGAGCGGCCUCGAAGAAAGAUCUAGAGCUGCCCAUAAUCCCCCCCUCCCACCUCGACCUAAGUGCCCUUCACGUCAACAACAAGGCCUCCGCUUACAGGACCCAGGUACAGAUGCUUCACCAGAACAAACAAAAGCCCGCAGUGUUAGUGAAGCCUGUCGCGACUCCUAACUUAGAGGUGUUCAACGCUCACCCCUUGACUAUCACGCCCACGGUGCUGCACUCAGUGCAGCUCCGAUCCGUCAGUCGGGAGCACAAAGAAAGUCAUGAGGACAGAGAAGUUUCCAGGCUCCAGUGUCCCACUGUGAGAUUAAAUAGCACACUGUCCAGUAGUAAAUCUUUAGAGCUCAAGAGUCCACCACUGUACAACUCGCACCAUCACCACACGUCUACAAAGGAGCCGUGUGAAUCAGCGUUUGAUUCACAUAAAGAGCACGCAAGCAGAGUGGCAGAAGGUCAGAGCGAGACGAGGGCCAAGGAGGACGGAGACGCUCCUUUGGAGAGCGGAACAGCGGACGGGCUGCAGUCAGGCCCAUGUUUAGACUGGAAAGGUGCAGACGUCCCAGAGGGGCUCACGGGUGACAAAGAAGAGACGUGCGGAGGAGCAGUAGAAACGCCCGUCUGCUCUGAAGACUCAGAGCCUCCGCUGGAGCCUCAGACUGAAGGAGAACCGUGUCCUUCUCCCUUUGUUCUGCACAGUUCACCUGAGAGAUCCGACAGUCCCGAGAAAGUGCCUGCUGCCGACAGUCAGUCAGAGGAUUCACAAAUCAGCCCAGUCGGCGAUGAAGGCGGCAAGGAGGUGGAAAAUGAUUCAUCAGGUUUUUCUGCCGAUAGUGCCUCGCAGGACUGCAAGGAGGAGACCACACCAGAGAUGGAGGAUUAUUUCAGUAAAGACUCUACACCCAGUGACAAUGCAGUGUCCCCACCGAAUGAUGAGCCGAGGCCCGAGGAUGACAGCGUGUUUCUGUCGCCCACCAAGUCUCGCACCACCGAGGAUCUGUUUGCUAUGAUACACAGGUCCAAAAGGAAAGUGCUGGGCAGGAAGGACUCCACUGAGUCCGGUGCGAGGAACCGCCUCGCUGCAGCAUCAGCGAACACCCCCCCGAGCAGCACGGUGACCUCCCCCGCGCCUCUGGCGUCACCCCCCUCCGUCGUGACCCCGCCGGGCCUGCAGAGAGUCUCCGGUCCCAUCUACAGGAACGCAAAGAAGUCCAGCACCUCCAACGAGGAGUUCAAGCUGCUGCUGCUUAAAAAGGGAAGCCGCUCAGACUCUAGCUAUCGCAUGUCGGCCACAGAGAUCCUCAAGAGCCCCAUCAAUCCUAAAUCACCUGGAGAUUCUCUGACGGAGUCGCCCAGACAGCCCGAGGAGCCCAUGUCCCCCCUGCAGCAUCAGCAGCAGUAUCAGUCAGGACAAGACCAGGUCUCCAGCCCCUACCCCAAAGCCAACGCCGAGGGCUUCUCCCCAAAAUCCUUCCCUACAUCCGCUGCUUCCAGGCAGGGGCGCUCCAGGAUCCCGCCGCCCGCCAACAGCAGCCGCUACGGCAUGCGCAGCAGACUGUACUCGGCGCCCAUGCAGGCCAUCUCUGAGGGCGAGACGGAGAACUCGGACGGGAGCCCCCACGACGACCGCUCCUCGCAGGGCUCCAUGUAGAGGACAGAGCAGAAGUGAAGUUAUGUUAUUAGUUUACAGCGAAUGGACCAGAAUGAAAUAUAAUAUAUAUGAACUGUGCGGCGGGAGCGGGAGAACUCGUGAGGUUAAUUUGCAUAAACCAUUUUGUCAUGAAUUUAGUAAUUGUGGCCGUGAUUGAAAGUUUCCUUUUUGAUUAUUGUGCGGAAACGAUUUUACCUGUUUUAUACACAAACUGUAUUUCUUAAAAAAAAAAAAAAAGUCUUCAUGAACUGAACAGUUGACAUCAGAAACCAGAUUAUUUAGCGUGAUAAAAAUCCCAUUUCAGCUCUAGAGAAGAGCUUAGUAGAUCUAAAGAAUAUAUUUUGUUAGCGUAAAGCACAUUUCCCAAAGCCAAACCCAGCUGGUUGCCUUCCUUCAGCCCUAAAAGUACCAUCAUGUUUAACCUUUUCUGCUCUGCAGUCAGAUUUUUUCCAGAAUUAAAAAAAAAAAGUUUCAAUGUACAAUAAUUUAAUGUACAAGUUUACCUUUUUUUUUUAACUAUAUGUAUUCUGUGAAUACCUAUGCAAUUAGACACACAACUUGUAGAUACCCUCAAGCCAGUGAACUAUUUUGAACCCUCUCAACUGAACGUCAAGACUAAAAUGUGAACCUUCAGUCUUUCUAUUCAUAUUGCUUGUAAACAGCUUCUUUUUUGGUAUUUUUACUACUUUGUAAAGCAUUUGGGAAAUUAUAACAUUUGAAAUUGUUAUGCAAUAAAUAAUAGCGAUUAGCGCGCGAGACAGGAACUGUCAGAGGCGCUAACAGUCGACAAUCUUGGGGAGGCAAGGAGGCGGCAGGUGUUAGCACGGGAGACGAAAAAGUGAUCAAAUAGUUGGAGGCGGUGAAGUCGAAGAGCAGCAAAGGAACAGGGAGGUUGUGUGUUUAAAUAAAAACGUUGACAGAAAACUGUCAUCUCUGGUCUGCGGACUUGGCGUGUUCACGCAUCGUUGUUAAGAGGCAGGUGGAAAGUGGCCAGGGCGAUCAAAAAUGCCUUAUUUCACUCAAAAGGAGACGGUGGGCGACGGAGCGACUUGGGCCUCGGCAAGUUGAGCGUUCGUGUGAGAUAGUUUCAGCUUUGGUGGAGGAUGUGUGGUCGAAUACGGAGCCAGGUUAUUGUCUCUAGCGGCAACGGGAAGACUUUCUGGAUUUGAGCAUUUUCUACUGCUUCUCGACCCUUUUUCCCCCCCUCUCUCCUCCGGCUUUUUCACAUUCACAUUUUCUGUGUCGCACAGCUAUCUGAAUAUAUUUAUUUUUAUACCAGACACAGAAAAUCUCUGCGCAAUCCCCAGAUUUGGUUCAAAUGGCCCCCGAACUGAAAUCCUACCGUGACAAGUAUGCAACGAGAUGCUGGUAUUUUUUAAUAACAGAUUUUAUCCAGAUGCUUAUUUUGUUUAUAUAAGAGACAAAUUUUUAAACAAGACACUGGUUGCGGAGACACGCAGGAAAGCAAUUUGUGUAUAUAUGUCAUGAAAACGUGGCACAGAUAUGUGCUAGUUGUGAGAUUUUAGGGAACCCUGUCGCGAUUUCUCAGAACGUGGUGUUUAUUGGAGUGGCAGUACGCAGCCAUUAUGCAAAGUUGACAGAAUCUAUGUAGCCAUAUUUCCCUGCGGAAGACCGCUCUUCCCCGCAGGUACACUGUCAAUACCAACAUCAUCCUGGCCUUAAUGUUCCUCCAAACGAAUGACUGUAAACAGGGUACACAAUGGGUUAAUCUGUGAACCUUCAUUCCAACUUUUUUUCUUUUUUUUUUUUUGCACUGAUAAAGUGACAUUUGUGAAGUUUCCUUUGUCUCUUGCUGUACCUGGGGGAUGUUUAUAGAUCCUUACAUGGAGCUGUUUAACUUUCUCACUCUCGCCGAGUGUGAUUUGUAAAAGGAGUACACACAGUAGAUGCUUCUGCCAGAGGCUAGAACACUUAACUCGUUAGUGGCAUUGAAAUGUUUUUCCUCCUCUCGUUUACUUGACAGAAACGUUCUUGGAAAACCGACACCCAACUUCGCGGUACAUUUCACUCAGACUUCAGAUCAACCUCCUCUCUAUAACUGUACUGUAGCUGUCAGCUUUUGAUUUUUUUUUUAUUGUACAAACGUGUAUAUACAGUAACUUUUGGAGUUGUCUCAAAGGUUGUUGAGUUGUUUCUUAAUGUACAAAAACAAACAAAACAUGUUCUCAGAGUUUACAUUCAUUUCAAACCGUUGUAUAUUUUCGAGCUGUGGAACACUCUUGUCUUGUAUUUAUUUUUUAGUACGUGUUGUUGAAAUCCCGCAGUAAAUCCUAUCAAAGCCAACUGCUAGCACGACGGGCUGCCUAGCAAAUGUGUAUAAAAAGAUAAAUAAAUGUGACUGCUUUGAAAACGCC